GGUGCUGCUGACGGCGCCAGCCGCUCCGGACCUUCCGUGCCGCUCCCGGCGGGUCCCCGGCCACACACGGCGGGUCGGGCUUCCCCGCCGGGAGCACCGGGCGGUGCAUGGGUGUUCUUCCCCAGUGGGCACGGUCGCUCUCCCCCCACUCCCCCCGCCAGCUGCGCGAAGGAAGACGGCGGAGCAUGCCGCCGGCGGGGCGGUUCCGCGGGGACUGACAUGCUGCUGAAGGAGGGCAGGCGCCAGCCCCUCCGCCUCUCCCCGCGGUAGCGGAGGCGAUGCUGCAGGGCGCUCCCCGGGCUCUCCCGCAGCCGCCAGGCUAUCGCCCACAGCAGCCGCGCUCGCUGCCGUGAGCGGCGCGGCUCCGGCUCGGCCGAGGCGACGAGCGGCGCGGGCCCGCACCCGUGCCCGGGGCGGCGGCGGCGGGGAAGGCGCUGCCCGCGUCCGCGGGCGGCUCCGCGCGGCGGAUGCGUGUGCAUGAGCGCUGCACCGAGCGGGCGCAGGAAGCGCCCCCGCUCCGCCGCCUCCAUCUUCCAGGGCAGCAGGACCUCGCCGCACGGCCGCGACAGCGAACGCCGGGGCAGCGGCUCCGAUAGCGCCUACCAGAUCCAGAGAACCCUGGACGACUGUAAGAUGCUUGUCCAGGAGUUCAAUACCCAGGUGGCUCUCUAUCGGGAGCUGGUCAUUUCUAUUGGGGAUAUCUCUGUCGCCUGUCCUUCUCUGCAUGCAGAAUUGCACAAAACUCGAACCCGAGGAUGUGAAAUGGCCUAUCAGGCUCAUCAAAAACUAGCAGCAAUUUCUGGCCCAGAAGAUGGUGAAAUCCACCCUGAAAUUUGUAGACUGUAUAUCCAGUUGCAAUGUUGCUUAGAAAUGUACACAACAGAAAUGCUGAAGUCCAUAUGUCUGCUAGGAUCACUGCAGUUUCAUCGGAAAGGAAAAGACCCUUGUGGCCCACCCAAGAUCUUAGAUACUAAAGUGGAGGAGAGUUCUGAAGUACCUAUUUUAGAAGACAUGUCGUUAUCACCAACAGAUAUUCAACAGCAUCUAUGGCAGGUUUCCACAGAUAUUGAGAACACUGAAAGAGAUAUGAGAGAAAUGAAAAACCUUUUAAGUAAACUCAGGGAGACUAUGCCUUUACCACUGAAAAAUCAAGAUGAUAGCAGCCUCCUAAACUUGACACCCUAUCCACUGGUAAGAAGACGGAAGCGAAGAUUCUUUGGAUUGUGUUGUCUCGUCUCAAGUUAGAAGAUUAGGCACAGAAGCACCAAGGAAAUCAUUACUUUGGUUAAACCACUGUUAUUUGACCACUGAAAAGAUGAAAGUGGCUAAUCUUGAUUAUAAAAUAUAUUUUCUACACUAGGCUAUUCAUUUUUGUCUUCUGCUCCAUCCCCCUUUUCAAGUAAGAAUUUUAAUACUUUCAAAUUAUGGUGGUCAAAAAAUGGCUGUGGAAUAGAUCUAGCAUAUUUAAAACUUUUUAAAGUAUGUUUUGCAUGCUUACUUUCAGUCACUCAAAGAAGACACAUGAAUUAUGAUUCAUAUAUAAUUUAGAGGGUUUUUUAAAUUGUUUGAGCUGCAGCUAAAAGUUUGUGUGUAGUACAGUACUCUUACUAUUAUCAUAUUAAAAUCAUACUCUUAGCAGUCUUUAAGCAUAGGAGAACAUUUGGUCAUUCUCUCACAGUCUUUAAGCAUAGGAAACUAUUCAAGAGCAAAACUAUUAAAGUUCUAAGACAUUCAAACAAUAUUGUAACAGAAUUUGUACAAAAUAUCCAGUUGCUUUUUUUGUGCUGUCAUUCAUAUUUAGUCUUCCACUGUAUCUCAACUUCAAAGCUUUAUAGAAAGAUAUCUUAAUUUAUGAUAAAAAACCAUAUAUGAAAAUAGGUAGGACUUGUAAAUACAGAGAAAUCAUAAUAUCUAUAAAUUGUACAAUGCUUAGAAGCAACAAAUUUCCUUUUCAGGCAAUAGUAUAUCUACAGCUUUUGGAAAAAAUAAAUAAUUUAUUAAAAGAAGGUGUGUUAAAAUAAACAAUGUAAAACACAACGCCAACCCAUUUUGUUGCCAGUAAAAUUCAAAGCAUGGUGUCUGAAUAUCAAGUAUUGAUCUUAUAAGGCAUGCCAAAAUUAUCUCAGACUGUAAGAUACUAAACGUUUUACAUUGUUAAUAAAGUUUUUUAUUUAAAUUAAA